AUGAAGGUCGCCUUCAUUGGUGUCUCCUUGGCUUUCAGUUUUGACCUUGUCUCUGCCUUUCCAAGACUUGUUGCGCGCACGGACGACCCCUGCUACUGUGUCGACCAUGUGAAUGACGACAACGGCAAGAAAUAUGGCGGUUCUUAUGAUCUGUGUUCUGAAUCUUUCGAUGCCGCUUGGCCGAAGCCUAUCUACAGUGGAACUGACAACUGCUGGAUGACUGCUUAUGAGGACGACGAGUGUGGCUACCAGUACGGCGGGUAUGUGUUCGCGGUCCGAGCUCAAAAUCUGACCGUUCCGAGCAUUUUCUAA